GUUCGUCAAAACCGUUCAACUCCGCGCACGCGUACUUUCUUCGGCCGCGGCGCGCGCAAGCGGUGUUGCCAGUACGCAUGCGAUAUCUGUGUCAAACAGUGAAUGGUGCUUUCUCAGACCGUAAUAACCUAGACGCGUAAACAAAAUAUCGUUUUCUCUAUAACAAAAAUGGCUUUCACGCCACUAGAGAACAUUGCACUGGUGCUAUUGGCGACAGGACUGUUAGUGAUACUAAAAAAUAUAUGUCGUGCUGUGUAUGUGUAUGCCAUUGGGCCAGCCAUCAACAAAGUUGACUUCAAGUCGAAAGGGAACUGGGCAUUGGUAACCGGAUCAACCGAUGGAAUUGGCAAGGAAUAUGCCAGACAGUUGGCAGCCAAAGGAUGUGAUAUAAUUCUAGUCAGUCGUUCUAUGGACAAGCUCAAAGUUGUAGCAGAAGAAAUAGAAAAUGAAUUCAAAGUGCAAACAAAGGUCAUACAAGCAGACUUCAAUCGUGAGGACAUCUACGAAGGCAUAGCUGAGGCCAUCACUGGAUUGGAGAUUGGCACUCUCGUUAAUAAUGUUGGAGUGUCCUACCUUUACCCUGAAUAUUUUUUGGAUAUUCCUGAUUGGGAUAACAAAUUCAAGUCUCUUGUCACCGCUAAUAUGGUGUCUGCAACACGUAUGACCGCAAUAGUAUUGCCAGAGAUGGUGAAACGCGGUAAAGGCGUCGUCAUCAAUAUUUCUUCUGGCACUGCUGUAUUCCCUAGCGCUCUACUGGCCAUAUAUGGUGCUUCUAAGGCCUACGUCCGGAAAUUAUCCCAAUGUCUUCAUACGGAGUACGCUGAUAAAGGAAUAAUCGUGCAAAGCGUAAACCCGGGAUAUGUCGUCUCCAACAUGUCUGGACUCAAAAGGGAGACUUUAAUGACUCCCAGUGCAAAGAAAUUCGUUAGUUCAGCUCUGAGUUUAGUUGGAACAACAAGCGAUACAGCCGGUUACUUCCCACAUUAUAUUUUGUUCAACGCCAUCGACUUUUUGACUGACAACUUCGGCAACUUCGGCGAGUGGCUCACUAUGAGAUCAAUGCUCAACGUCAGACAAAGAUAUCUGAAAAAGUAUAAGAAACAGUAAUUAUUUCCUUACCCUUUUAUCCCGGCUUACGGGCAAUCUUGUGCCUUUUGUUACAUAACUUAAACUUUUUUGCUUUAUUUCCUCUUACACUGAUGAACUUUAAUAUCGAAAUGUAAGUUUUUUUUUAACAUCUUCCUCUAUCCUUCACUUGCAUGGCAUUAUAAUCUUAGAAAUAAUAACACCAAAGAUGUAAUUUUAAACAGCAUUUAAAAUAGAUUUGAAUCUUGCCUAAUUAUGUUUUAAAUUGAUUCUUUUGUUUGCAAUCUCUAUUUGACAAUCAAAAUUUUAGCGAUCAAAAUGUUUUUAUUUUAUCUUCCGAAUUCAACUUUAUAGAAGCAAAAUUUAUAAUUUAGCUUCCACACUAUCACUUGAACUAUAUUGCAGCAGAAGGACGACUUCGGCUAGUAAUGGCGCGACUACACAUGGUCGUUACCCCGAAUACGAGUGCCAUGGAAUUCGGGUAAACGACUAAGUCUAAAUAAACGGAGUCGAGUACGCCCGUAUUCGGGCAGUUUUCGUUUUAGUUACCCGACACCGCCUUCCAGCCCGUAAUACAGUGUAAAUAUUACUUCAGGUGCCCGAAUUUGGAUUAUGUCUUUCGUGCACGCAAAUACGGGCUAACGACCAAAUGUAAUUGAUCCCAUAACUAGUUUCUGCAUUAUAUGCAAAAGAAACAGAAAAUGCAUUUAACGUUUUUUAUAUGGAUUGUCUGAUUGCAAAUAAACAUUAACAAACUGUUUUGUAAAUAGUUAAUACCUAUGUAAUUGUAUGUGUAUUUAAAGCGGUACAGUAAUGUGAUAAGUGUUUUUAUUUUACACGAUUGUGCCCUAAACUUCUUCGUUGCUUCAUAGUGUUUUGAGCAAUGACGUAUAACUUUAAAACAUCGUAGGUUUCGAGUAAUAAGUGUUUAUUUAUGUUUCAAAUGGUUUUAUUUUUAGAAACAUGAGAAUGAUAUUAAAAGAAUAUUUUAAAAGUAAAAAUUUGGUGCUAUUUUAUCAAGUUAAACGAGUUUUGUAUUUCAUUAAUCAUAAAUAAACACAAAUUGUUAUGAAUUCCAUUAAUCAUUAAUAUUCGAGUGGUAUCUGCGUCCGUGUAACAUAGCGCUGAUAUUUCAUGUUUAAUGUUGAUUAUGAAAAAAAUAUUCAGGAUAUAAAAAAAUUAAAACAAUUAACACCUACUGAGAACAGUCGCUAUUGUAUCAUCAUCAACAACCUAUCUUUGUCCACUGCUGGACAUAGGCCUCGCCAAAUGCACGGUACGGCUGGUCCACAGGUUCAAAGUUCCUCAGCGCGCUAUGGAAAGGGCUGUGUGCCCUCAGUGCUCGGUGUUUCUAUGAAGGAUCGCAUCAGAAAUGAAUUAAUCCGACACAGAACCAGAGUUAUCGACAUAGCCCACCGGAUUAGCAAGUUGAAGUUGCAGUGGGCUGGCCAUAUUUGUCGAAGAAUCGAUAACCAAUGGGGUAGACGAGUUCUGGAGUGGAGCCGCGUCUAGGCAAACGUAGUGUAGGACGUCCUCAGGUGCGAUGGAGUGACGAUUUGCGCAAGGUGGCUGGCAGGAGCUAGAGGCGAGUAGCCCAAGAUCGAUCUCAGCGGCGUGCAUUUGGGGAGCCUAUUGUAUCAUACACUUACCAAAUAUCAUAUCUUGUUUGUCUUUAAGAUAAUAUGUAAUAAGUAUUUAAUUUACUGAAAGUAGUUCAAUCUGUGAGUAUGGCUGUGUACUCUAGCAUUUAGGGUAGUUAGGGUUAUUUAUAACACACUUGGUGGAUUUGUUGGCAAUAAAUUGCUUUUGGUACAAAUUUGAUUCUUGAAUAAACCAUGGUUUCAA